AUGUGUGGAAGGGCUAGGUGUACUAUGAGGCCGGAUGAUAUUCCCAGAGCUUGUCAUCUCAAUGGCCGUUCUGUUCGUCACGUUGAUAUGAAUAGGUAUCGGCCGGCUUAUAAUGUUUCUCCGGGAUUUAAUUUACCGGUGGUUAGGAGGGAAGAUGGCGGGGAUGGUCAAGCCCAGCAAGAAGGGGCUGUGAUUCAGUGUAUGAAGUGGGGCCUUAUUCCUAGCUUUACCAAGAAAACUCAAAAGCCUGAUCACUAUAUGAUGUUCAAUGCUCGGAGUGAAUCGUUGCGGGAGAAGGCGUCCUUUCGCCGCCUCAUUCCAAACAAUCGAUGCUUGGUUACUUUUGAAGGAUUCUACGAGUGGAAAAAAGAUGGUUCAAAAAAGCAACCAUACUACAUAUAUUUCAAGGAUGGCCGUCCCCUGGUAUUCGCUGCUCUCUUUGACUCUUGGAAAAAUGCAGAAGGAGAAAUCAUCUACACCUUCACUAUUGUCACAACUUCGUCAUCAUCCACACUGGAAUGGCUUCAUGACAGGAUGCCUGUGGUUUUGAGUGACAAGGAAUCAACUGACUUGUGGUUAAAUGGUUCUGCAUCAGCCAACUUUGAUACACUUCUUAAACCAUAUGGAGAAUCAGAUUUGGUAUGGCAUCCAGUAACAACUGCAAUGGGUAAACCUUCUUUUGAUGGCCCUGAGUGUGUUAACGAGAUACAACUAAAGAGGGAUGAGACCAAAACUAUCUCUCAGUUUUUCGCUAAGAAAGGAGUCAACAGUCAGAAAGAGGUGAAGUCUGAAAACAGAACUAUCAAGGAAGAGCCAGAGAGCUUGAAGGAAGAAACUGAAACUGAGGUGAAAGAUAUAUUUGAACCUGAGGAGAAAAAAGAACUUGAAACUGAAGAUGUAGCCAACAAUCAACUGCUCGCCAGAUCAAAUGAAAGUGAUGCUAAAUCUGCAGUAUCUGAUGUAUGUAGUGAAAGGGCCACAAAGCUUCCAGCAAAGCGAGAAUAUGAAGUAUCCUCAGAUGACAAGACACAUUCAGAUAAUGCAAAUGAAAAGCUACAUGGAAGCCCAGUGAAAAAGAAAAGCAGAGGCGUCAAUGACGAUCACGAUACAAUGGUGAAUCCAGGAGAACAUACUAAGAAAAUGUCUCCUGGCAAACCUUCGAAACCUGCUGCAGGUUUGGGGAGAAAGAAAGCUCCCAGUUCUGGUGACAAACAACCAACACUCUUCUCUUACUUCGGAAAAGGGUAA